AUUUAUUUAUUUAUUUUUGUUAUUUAAUUGGAUUUCUGAACUCUCAAAAAAGAAAAACAAAAAUUUUAUUUGUUUCUUGGUUCUCUUUGAUUUUUUGUUUUCUUCAACAAAACCAAAUGGCGUUUCGUUAAGGUUUCACAGUUUAGGAAAUCCAUCGGAACAAUCUCUGUAUUGACUCUGAUUCUCCCGGUGGGACUCCACCGGAACCAUCUCUAAGCCGCCACCGCCGCCCCUCCGAUCAAACCUACCACCAUCCCCCCUCUGAAUUUUUCUUUUUCUCUUUCCUUUGCCGUUUCCCAAUUCUUCUCCUCUUCCGAAAUGGUCAAAGCUUUGCCCCUUCACCUCGGAAUCGUUAAAUCUUUUCCCAAAUUCGACGGUUCUUUUGAUCUUCCUCCGCCUCCCCAACUUCCGUCAGCGAGGCUCGCCGGCUCUGGUUUCAACAGGCUUCCUUUGUGCCGGAAAUUUCCGCCGCUUUCCCAGAAAGUUUCUGCGACUGGUGAGAAGACGACUUCGCUGCUCGGAGCUUGGACCCAAGACAGUACUCUGCAAUUUCGAGAUGAGUCGCCUGUUUCGAUUGAGCUUAAGUCCAUUUGCAGUGAACUUGAGUUCGAUAAGGCUAUUGCAGAUGCAGAGAAACGCAACGAGCUCGUGAUUCUUGUAUGGAUGGCUAACUGGUGCCGAAAUUACAUUUAUUUAAAACCCCAAUUGGAAAGAUUGGCUGCUGAUUAUUACCCCAGAUUGCAAUUCUACUGCAUUGAUGUCAAUAUGGUGCCACACAAGCUAGUUGUUCGUGCCGGAUUAGCUAUGCCAGCUAUACAGCUAUGGAAGGAUGGUAAGAAACAAGAUGAGGUGAUUGGUCUCUACAAAGCAUAUUUAGUCAUCAAUGAUGUUCAGAAAAUGAUUGAACGCGAGCUAACAGGCGAGUGACUUAUGAUUCAUUUUUACCCACAUCCUCUUAUCCACUUAGUGGUAUUAAAAUUGAUUGAUAGCAUCUCACAGAAAUUCCUUUCUGCUUAUAUUCAUCAACAUAAAGAACAAGGCCUGGCUGGCCCUUCUUGCCAAGUCUUUGUCAUUGCAGAGAUCAUUUCUUUGUUGUCAUGGGGUGGAUGAUCUAACAUGUAUGUCUAAUUCUUGACAAUGUACACAUUGUGAGGAAGUCUUAUUUGUAAGGUUUACCAUCCUUUCUAUACCAUUCCUUUCCCUUAUAUCUGAUAUGCGGAGGCCCCUGUUUUGUGUUGGUAGAUUAAUUUAUUUGUUCAGGGAUCUUAUGAA